CAGUCCCUAGGGUGGGUUUGGGGGAAUUUGGAAUCUCGGAGUAUAUCAGGGUGUCCUGGAUGCUCUUUGGGGUCAAACUGGGAGGAGUUUGGGGGUCUUGGGGCAGGGUGAUGAGGUGAUGAUUGAGUCCCCCAGGACAGGGAUCCCCCGGUGAGACCCUUCCCCACACCUGGAACCAGCUGACCCCACGGGGACUCGGAGUCAUUCCCACCUGAUCUCUUCCCCAUUGUGUGUGUUCCCAGUUGUUUAAGUCCCCCAUGUUCCCACAUCCCCCCAUGUUCCCACAUCCCCCCAUUCCCACCUCAGCUCUGACAUUCCCCCAGUUCCCACCCCAUCAAACCCCCCAGCAUUUUGGGACCCUCUCAGAGAGGCUAGCCCCCAGUCCCUGGGGAGCACCCAGGGUGGUGCAGGGCUGUGGGACUCUCCCAGACACACCCCCUCCCCUCUGCCCACCCUGCCACCCUCCUGCAGCCAUUCCAUGUCACCUUUCUGUUGUUUUUUUUCCCUUUUUCCCCGUUUCCCCCGCGUGUGUUCCCCCCUUCCCGCAGCCCAUUGUGCGCGGCUCCAAAGGCACCCGGGAUGGGGCCCCCGGGGGCCGGGACCGGACCCUGGCGUGGCUCCUGGACGAGCUGGCGGCCGUGUCCGUGUCCCGCUCCAACUCCCUGCGCCGGGACAGCCCCCCCUGCCCCUCCCGGCCCCUCCCGGAGAACGGCCUGGCCCCGGGAGCCCCCCGCUCCCGCCUGGAGCCCGCCAAGAGCCGCCGCGGGGAGCCGGAGCCCAGCCCCCAGUCCCAGCCCCGGGAGGACCCCCACGCUCACCCCCACCCCCCCGGGGGCCGCCCCAAAUCCAGCUCGGCCGGAGAGGGGCCCCCGCGGCCCCCGGCCCGCGAGCAGCGCCCGCUCUCGGGGCCUGACCUGCGGCCCCCCGACGUCCCCGGCGCCCCCGGAGCGGGGCUGAAGACGGCGCCCGGACGCCCCUUCCACACCUACCCCCGUGCUGACACCGACCCCGGCCCGGGGGGCACUGCCCAGGCCGAGCACCAUGCGGGACGCCCCCAGGAGGUGACCCCCAAUGGGCCGGUCCCCACGGGCGCUCCCGGUGCCCCCCAGGCCCCCGGCCCCCCACGCCCCAAAGCCCCGGAGCCGCCUCCCCCGGCCCCGGAGCCCCCGGCCCCGCGCGCCCCCGGCCCCGCGCCCGCCCCGGCGGGGGGGCCCCAGCGCGUGUCCCACGAGCAGUUCCGGGCGGCGCUGCAGAUGGUGGUGGACCCCGGGGACCCCCGCACGUACCUGGACAACUUCAUCAAGAUCGGCGAGGGCUCCACGGGCGUCGUGUGCAUCGCCACCGUGCGCGGCUCCGGGAAGCUCGUGGCCGUCAAGAAGAUGGACCUGCGCAAGCAGCAGCGGCGGGAGCUGCUCUUCAACGAGGUGGUGAUCAUGCGGGACCACCAGCACGAGAACGUGGUGGAGAUGUACAACAGUUACCUGGUGGGCGACGAGCUCUGGGUGGUGAUGGAGUUCCUGGAGGGCGGCGCCCUGACGGACAUUGUCACCCACACCAGGAUGUCAGAGGAGCAGAUCGCGGCCGUGUGCCGCUCGGUGCUGCGGGCGCUCGCCGUGCUCCACGCCCAGGGCGUCAUCCACCGCGACAUCAAGAGCGACUCCAUCCUCCUGACGCACGACGGGCGGGUAGGGAUCCCCAGAACUCCCCCCAGACCUCCCCCCAGGCCUUUGGCACCCUGCCCUGAGCCGCCCUGGCCCCGCUGGCAGGUGAAGCUCUCGGAUUUCGGGUUCUGCGCCCAAGUGAACAAGGACGUGCCGCGGCGCAAGUCCCUGGUGGGCACCCCGUACUGGAUGGCCCCCGAGCUCAUCUCCCGCCUGCCCUACGGCCCAGAGGUGGACAUCUGGUCUCUGGGAGUGAUGGUCAUCGAGAUGGUGGAUGGGGAACCCCCUUAUUUCAACGAGCCCCCCCUCAAGGCCAUGAAGCUGAUCCGGGACAACCUUCCCCCCCGGCUCAAGAACGGCCACAAGGUGUCCCCAUCCCUGAAGGGCUUCCUGGAGCGGAUGCUGGUGCGGGACCCAGCGCAGCGGGCGAGUGCCCCGGAGCUGCUGCGCCACCCCUUCCUGGGUGUGGCGGGCCCCCCCGCCUGCAUCGUGCCCCUCAUGCGGCAGCACCGGCUGCGGUGAGACCCCCCUGCCCCGGGGGAGACCCCCCCUGCCCCAGGGGAGACCCCCCUGCCCCAGGGGAGACCCCCCUGCCCUGGGGGAGACCCCCCUGCCCCGGGGGAGACCCCCCCCCUGCCCCGGGGGAGACCCCCCACCCCGGGGGAGACCCCCUCCUGCUCCUCCUCCUCAGCAGCACCCCCAAACUGGAGUGGGACUGGGAUGUUAUGGGGGACAGCGGCCCCCCCAACCUGUACUACUGAGCUGGGGACCCCCCAGCAGAGAUUUUGGGGGGCAGGGGGGAGCUGUCAUCCCAGGGAUUUGGGUUCCUCCUGGUCCCUCCUGCCUUUGGGACCCAUUUUGGGGCAUUCCCCCCUUUUUUUUGUUUUUUUUAGCCCCCUCUUUUCUACCCAGUUUGGGCACUGGGGUGUGGCCCCCCAACAUCUCCGUGAGAGGGGGGUCCCUGAAACGACAGCCACCCCUCUCCCCAGCACACCACACUACUGAUCAGGGUGUGUCCCUCCCCUGGGCCUUCCUCGUCCAUUUUUGUUGAUUUUGGGGUGUUUUUUGUUGGUUCCUUCUCCCCGGAACUCCCUCGUGCCCCCUCGGUUGUUUUUUAACAAAGUGAUAUUUAUAUGGUCGGGUUUUGUACCGCGCGGGACGGGGGGGCCCCGGGGGGACACGGGGCCCCCCCAGAUUACACGUGUCCUUUUGGA